UCGCAGACGGUAAACUAAAACAGCUAAGUGUUUGGGUCAUAUUUGUAGCUGCAAAACCAACCCGCUACCUCUAAAAAAAGCAUUAACACAAAAAUUACGAGUUUUCAAAAAUUCUUAAAAAAAAGAAAGUUCCGCUACAGAAAAAAGUCCAUAGUUCAUUAAACAAUUUUAAUGCCCCAAAUCUAUCAGAAAAAGUCGGGUUGGUUGCUUGAGGAAAAAAAGAUCGAUUUUGUCGAGUAGUUUUAUUAGCGCAAGAUCUUCACAGGCCUUGGGGUAGGAGUAGGAUAAUUAGCUUCUCCACGGUCUCGCUCUUUUUCGAGUGGCCUGGUGUUCUGCUGGUGCUUGUUCUGUUGUUCUUUGCUGCUCGGUCUGUGCUUGCUAGAGCCCUCGGCCUGAUCUCGUGAUUUCCUCGAAUAUUAGUCUAACAUCUAUCUUUCCAGCAUGUUAUCGACCGGUUGGGUUAUAUGCGUGGAGCGGACGCGCCCAUCAGUCGGUUGGUCGUGAGAAGGCGUGUGUUUUGUAUAUUUGUAAAUUAUUGUUGGUCCUUUAGCUCCAAUAUUAACAUUCACAUUGCACAAUCAUUCCCGCUAGUGCAUAUUUUUUUAAAAAUACAACGUACAUAUAUUUUAAAUUCGAGCAAGCCAAGUCUAAAAAUUAUUUAAAUCAUACACAGGAUGAGCCUGGACUUCUUGGAAGAUUUUGCGAGUGACUAUGAAAACGCAUUACUUCAAACUGGAUUUGGAUAUUUUCAAUUGCUUUUGCUGACAAUAUGUGGUUUAAUUUACAUGAACACGGCCAUUGGUGUGACAAUUAUAUCUUUCGUUUUGCCAUCUGCUACCUGCGAUUAUGCCAUGACAUCCACAGACAAAGGCUGGCUAUCUGCUUCACCUAUGCUAGGAAUGUUAAUUGGCUCAUAUUUUUGGGGAUGCCUCGCGGAUACGAAAGGUCGACGUGUGGUUUUAAUCACAACUUUAUUGGCAGACGGUAUAAUCGGAGUAUUAUCAUCAAUGGCACCAAUGUAUUUCAUUUUUAUGUUAUUACGAUUAAUAAAUGGAUUCAAUGUUGCAGGAACUAUGUGUAUAAUAUUCCCAUAUUUGGGGGAGUUUCAAACUACGCAGCGUAGAGAAAAAAUAUUAUGUUGGAUGGAACUUUACUGGACUUUUGGAAUAAUCUUGCUACCGGGAAUUGCGUGGUGUUUAAUUCCAUUGAAAAUCAAUAUUGGAUCUGGAAUAUUUUUUUUUCAUAGUUGGAAUCUUUUUGUUGCGCUGUGUGCCGUUCCCAGUAUUUUAUUAGGUCUUUGGCUAUUUGCGUUACCUGAAAGUCCCAAAUUUCUUCUGGAGCAUGGAGAGUCGGAAAAAGCCCUAGAAGUUCUAGCACAUAUUUAUGUAAAAAAUACUGGACAAAGCCGCAGCAACUAUCCCUGCACUACUCUGAGGGAGUCAAUUCGUCCACUUCAGAGAGAUGGAGAGGCGAAUAUUGAUAGUUACCGAUUAGAAAAUAAUAGUUCUAGUGAACUCAAAAGUUUAUUUCUGGAAAUUUGGUACCAAACGAAAACUCUAUACAAGCAUCCUUACUUGAAGAACUCCCUUAUAACUUGUGCUAUUCAAUUCUGUCUAACUACGAGCUAUUAUACGUUGAUGGUUUGGUUCCCAGAAAUAUUUCAAAGAUAUGAUGAUUUUGAGAAAACCCAUCCUGGAACACCUGCAUCAGUUUGUGAUAUUUCAUCGAUCGUUACUUCAAAUACAACCUUUGUAGACUGCCAGUCGGAAAUCGAUCAUACAGUGUUUUUUCACACAUUUAUAAUUGGUUUGGCUUGCAUACCAACAAGUUUCUGGCUACCACUGUGUGUUCACAAAUUGGGAAUUAAGUUCUUUUUGGUUUUCAGCUUGACUGCGGCAGGAUUUGUUACUUUGGGGUUUUAUUUCGUUCGAAACUCGUUUGAAAACUUAAUUUUGUCAUGCAUUUUUGAAGCACUUACAUCGCUUAGCAUAAGUACUUUAUAUUGCGUUUUAGUGGAUUUAUUCCCAACAAAUUUGAGGGUAAUGGCCGCGGCAAUGUCAAUGACUUUUGGACGUGGAGGAGCCUUAUUGGGGAACCUUAUAUUCGGAUUUCUCAUUGAUCUAAACUGCAUAAUACCAAUAGUUCUUUUUUCGGGUAUGCUGUUCACAAGUGCCUUUUUGUGCUGGCUUUUACCAACAACUGGAGCAGAUGAUUUAGACUAAGAUUUCAUAUGUUCAACUGUUUAUUGAUUUAACAUAUUUAUUUAUAAUAUUAA